AUGGCAACCGACACUGUCCUACUUGUUUGCAUGUUCAAGGUGGUGACCACAUCAUCCAAUCUCAUCCCGCCCGAUGAAGAUGUUUCGCAAUACUCUCAAGCCGAGAUAGAUGCUCGGGUUCUCGGAUCCAAGUUCGUCCUCGUGGUAGAGCAGAUGCAGAUCACAACUAUCUGGCUAGUCAAAGCAUGUCUGCUUAUCAUGUACUUCCGCAUGACCACUGUACUGCCACAACGGAAACUAGUCAUCGCUACAUCGAUAUAUGUUGCCGUCGCGUUUGUCGUCAUGGAGAUCCUUUACUUUGGCGUAUGGUGCCGUCCAUUCAACCAGUACUUCGCCGUACCGCCAAACUCGCCGCAAUGCUCCGCAGCAACGAACCAUCUAAUCACCAACGCUGUUUUCAAUAUCAGCUCAGACCUUGUCAUCCUCAGCAUACCGAUGCCACUACUGUUCAAAGUCCGCCUGCCAAAGAAGAACAAACUUAUCCUCAUCGGCAUAUUCCUCAUUGGAGCUUUCACAGUUGUCGCUGCUGCGCUUAACAAGUACUACUCUUUUUCAAACCCGUUCGGAAAAGACUGGGUACUGUGGUACCUCCGAGAGUCGUACACUGCUUUGCUAUGCGCAAACCUCCCCCUCAUAUACCCCCUUAUCCAGCGGAUAUUCAGACUGCGCAACUGGAACUCGUACUCGGGCAACACAGAUACGCUGCAGGGGCCGAGCAUGCGAGGAACAGUCAUCUUUGGCACCGCUCAGAGUCACAGCCACUGGGUGAGUCAAAGCAAACGUUCUCGGUCAAAGCAUUUCCGUGAUGAUCUUCGGACGGCCGAGAGUCAGGAUGGCAUCAACCACCCCUUUCGCAAUUCAAAUACAGAUCCUGGGCCUCAAUUCAUUACCAGUGCGAUUGAGAUGGAUGGUGUGAAGUCGUAUGAAAAGUCAUCCACAGACUUGAGUAUAGACAGUCCAAUGAGCUGGCGAACAGAGCAAGACCGCAAGAAGGACUUCAACUACAACCAUGCGACAUGA